AUGCUCGGUGGGAGAUCACAGCGGCAUUCCUCACGCUCAGUUCAGGAGCCUCCAGCUCAAGCUGCAUCCAUGUCACCCACAUCCGAUCACCACGACCUGAACUUGCGUCUUGUCGCUAUCGCCCCUCGAGGGCUUGAAGAAGGUCCGCUAAUCUCCGUCCUCUCUCCAGACUCCGCAUCAUCCCAGUCGGCCGUUGAUGAGAACUCCACCGGGAAACUCGACCCGUCGAAGGAUGGAGCUGCCCUGGACCGAAAGUCAUCUCAUACUGCAUCUGUUCGAGGAGUCUCAUCUGCCCCCACGGAUAACCCCCCUGAACGACCGAAGAAGAAGCGCUCGUUACUGCUGGGCCCAUCUCGGACGUCGUCGAAGCUGAACAAGAAGUCUACCACAGAAGCCGGAAGCGAGUCGAGGCCGGGUGAUUCGGGAAGCCCUGAAGGAGGUCGCAGAGGAAGUAUCACGAAAAGGCGGAGAGACACCAGUCGAGCAAGCAGUCGAGCAUCGCGACGGAGCAAUCAAGAAAUGGCCAACGCGGAAGGAUCCAAGGCUACGGCGCCUGAGCUGACGGACGCGACGAAGACAGAGAAGAAAUCGAAAACUUCCUCUAGACUAUUCGCUUUUCUGAACUGCUGCAGUUCCUCCAGCGUGGACAAUGAAGAUCCUACACUGCCUCCCAAGAAAGCUUUCAAACGGGAACCGGCCCACGGUAGACAAGCUGGUCCGGAGAAGGCGGACGCCGCUGGAGGCGACUCCAGCAUCGCAGAAUCGCGCGAACCGAACCCUUUCGGUGACGAGAAGUCAAACCUGGCGGUCACGUCGGAUCAGUCGCAGUCGCAGGUAGAUGGAGACCGAAGUUCUGGCGCCGGAGGGGCCGCAGGGUCGCCGCAAGACAGCCGUCUCGACCCAUCUGCAUCUGCCCAGCGGAAGCCGUCCUUGCAAGGAAAGUCCGUUGAUAGUUCCAACCAGGAGCCGUCGAGGAAGUUGUCCGCGUCGAACGCAGCCGCUGGUGCAGCCACAACGGUCGAAAAUGGUGACAUUUCCGCAAGGCCAGCCGAUAAUGACGCAGCGGCUUCAACCCAAUACACGCCGUCCGAUAGAGACGACAAAGACGUCACUAUGGCCGAUGCUCCUGCAAUAGACAGAGACGAGGAUGCGGGACAACCUUCUCAUGACGAAGGGCAAGUUGUGGCUCUCCUCCCUCCACCGCCGCUGGCACCGACGCUCAAACAGCCGCCUUCAAGCGUCGGAGAGGGGCAGCAAUGGUUGCUACCACCGCCUCUACCUCAUCUGCAAAACCGAAAAUGCCUCGUUCUCGAUCUGGACGAGACCCUUGUGCACAGUAGUUUUAAAGUCCUUGAGAGAGCUGACUUCACUAUUCCUGUCGAAAUCGAAGGUCAGUAUCACAACAUCUACGUGAUCAAGCGACCAGGAGUCGAUCAAUUCAUGAAACGGGUCGGUGAAUUGUACGAAGUGGUCGUGUUCACAGCCUCUGUCUCCAAGUACGGUGAUCCUCUUCUCGAUCAGCUGGAUAUCCAUCACGUUGUCCAUCACCGUCUGUUUAGGGACAGUUGUUAUAACCACCAGGGAAAUUAUGUCAAGGAUCUUUCCCAGGUUGGUCGUGACCUUCGAGAGACCAUCAUUAUCGAUAAUUCUCCGACUUCGUAUAUAUUCCAUCCUCAACACGCGAUACCCAUCAGCAGCUGGUUCUCUGACGCUCAUGAUAAUGAGCUACUUGAUCUGAUACCCGUCCUCGAAGAUCUUGCCGGUUCCCGAGUUCAAGAUGUGAGCUUGGUUCUCGAUGUUACUCUUUAG